AUGCUUGAAGCUCGCCUAGAACAAGCCAGUCUCCUGAAGCGCGUCGUCGACGCCAUCAAGGACCUGGUCCAAGACUGCAACUUCGACUGCAAUGACUCCGGUAUCUCACUUCAGGCCAUGGACAACUCCCAUGUCGCUCUUGUCUCCAUGAUGCUCAAGGCCGAGGGAUUCUCCCCCUACCGUUGCGACCGUAACAUUGCCCUCGGUAUCAACCUGGUCUCCCUGACCAAGGUCCUGCGUGCCGCCCAAAACGAAGACAUUCUCACUCUCAAGGCUGAGGACUCUCCCGAUGCCGUCAACUUGAUGUUCGAGAGUGCCGAGACGGAUAGACUUAGCGAGUAUGAUAUCAAGUUGAUGGACAUUGACCAGGAGCACCUGGCCAUCCCGGAGACAGAGUACGCUGCUACGGUAGAGAUGCCGGCAGCAGAGUUCCAGCGUAUCUGCAGGGAUCUGAAUGCUCUCUCUGAGUCCGUUGUCAUUGAGGCCACGAAGGAGGGUGUCAAGUUCUCCUGCCAGGGUGACAUUGGCAGUGGCUCCGUCACCGUCCGUCAGCACACCAACGUCGAGAACCCCGCACAGAACGUCUCCAUCUCCCUCACCGAACCCGUCGCCCUCACCUUCUCCCUCAAGUACCUCGUCAACUUCUGCAAGGCUACCAACCUGUCGAACAAGGUCACCCUGUGCCUGUCGCAGGAGGUGCCGCUCCUCGUUGAGUAUGGCCUUGGUAGCGGUCACUUGAGAUUCUACCUGGCUCCUAAGAUUGGCGAUGAGGAGUAA